UCAUUCGGUCCUGCAGCGAAGCGAGACAGCGUUUUCUCUUUGCAGAAAAAGCAGCAAAUAAUCUCGCAUUUUAAGCCUGCUUUCCCUCUGCUGCCUCCUUCUGUGCAGAUCAUCUUUUGCACUCACAACAACCAAGAACCAAGAACCAUGGCUCAGCAACAGCAGAUUAGCCUCCCUGCCAAACUGAUAAAUGGAGGGAUUGCAGGCAUAGUCGGAGUCACCUGUGUGUUUCCAAUCGACCUGGCCAAGACCCGCCUACAGAACCAGUGCAGCGGGCAGCAACUCUACAAGAACAUGAUGGAUUGCCUAAUAAAGACAGUAAAAUCAGAAGGCUACUUUGGCAUGUACAGAGGCGCAGCAGUAAAUCUCACCCUGGUAACUCCCGAGAAGGCCAUCAAACUGGCUGCUAAUGACUUCUUCCGCCAUCGGUUGAGCAAAGAUGGCGGCAGGUUGACAUUAUUUAAGGAGAUGUUGGCAGGAUGCUGUGCAGGAAUGUGCCAGGUCAUUAUCACCACACCUAUGGAGAUGCUCAAGAUCCAGUUGCAGGAUGCUGGCAGGCUAGCGGCCCAGCAGAGGAUGGCGCCUAGUGUAGUAACGACUCUGAAGAUGGGGGGGACCAGCGCUGUUCUGAGCCGUUCCUACAACUCCAGCCCUGCGCCUCAAGUCACGCGAGUGUCCGCCACACAAAUCACCAGAGAGCUGCUGCGCACCAAAGGAGUGACGGGACUGUACAGGGGACUCGGCGCCACAUUGAUGAGGGACAUCCCGUUCUCUGUUCUGUAUUUCCCUCUUUUUGCACAUCUGCACCAGCUGGGCCAGCGUUCAUCUGAAGACCCAUCAGUGCCCUUUUAUUGGUCCUUCAUGUCUGGCUGCCUGGCUGCAUCCAUUGCUGCUGUGGCUGUCAGCCCUUGUGACGUGGUGAAGACGAGGCUACAAUCACUCAAUAAAGGAGCUAACGAGGAAACCUACAAUGGAGUGGCGGACUGCGUCAGGAAGAUCCUGAGAAAGGAGGGUCCUGGCGCAUUCCUUAAGGGUGCCGGUUGCCGGGCCCUAGUUAUUGCCCCACUCUUUGGCAUCGUACAGGUUGUGUACUUUGUAGGGGUUGGAGACUUCCUGCUUGGGUACACACCCUACAAUAUCUACUCUGCAUAAACCAGUUAUUUACUCUGUCUGACCCUUUUUAAAUUACAGGCAGCUAUGCACUGGGCAUCGCCCCGGACCGAGUUCUCUACUGUGUACCUUCGUUAGUGUUGGAGGAUAAAAACGCUAACGGGACCAGAGAGAUGCCAUUCUAUUUCAAAAUAGUUCACAUUAUGGCUUUAAGCACAACUUGGUCUAGUUUACGAGAUUGCAACUUGUAUUUCCAUAUGUUGUUUUUUCUGUGUUUUUUUCUUCCUUUUGAACAACCUGGUUUGUAAAACUGAUUGUUUAAAAGGUCACAGCUUAAGACUGAAGGAACAUCUGGACUUCCUGUAUGCCAUACAGGAAUCCUGUGUUGAAUUACUUUCCGUUGCAAGGAGGGAUUUCCUGUAUUAUUGAAUUGUUUUCCCAUUAUCUUUAUCUACACUGCUUCAUAAUUGGUCACUAAACUGAAACUAUGCGUAGGUGCUUUCUGGUGUUUGUCUUUCAGGACAAUGUUGUUGAGGUGUUUGGGUUUUUUGAGGGACAACGUGGCAGCCGACAAAACUCUUCAUGUUACAAGCAGACUUGAAGUUUGCAACUAAAUAAGGCCUUCUGCAGUUAGCUUUGGAGACCUGCUGUUUGGAGAGAAGUAAAUUGUGUUUAGUCUCGCCAGACCUUCCGCUGUGCUCUGGCUCCACACAUUAAUAUUCUUAACUCGGGGGGGGACACACACACAAUCUGGUUUGUGUUUCAAACAAAUCACGGUUGUCUUGGUCAACACUAAGCACAGAAUGCAGCGAUGGAUAGACAAGAACAUGCUGGCUGAAAUGAUUGACUGGUACCCACAAUCUACUUCGGAGUCAGACUAGAUGUUGCUAAACUCGUCUAAUGAGGGCCAGGCCUUUAUUAAUGUGAUUUGAUAUGCUUUUGGGACCAAGUCUUUUGGAAAAGGUGUCUCAUGACUUAUAAAUAGCCACUCGUUGAUAGUGGUGGUUCGUGACUGGUCCGGUUCGCUUGUCUGUUGGAGAUACAGCAGCCCACACAAGUGUAUCAUGUAUUAAGCAGCAGAACGCAGAGCAAUUUUGGGCAGCACCCUCUAAAAGAAAAUGUCAUGUGUCAAACAGUUUUAUGUAAAUAUGUAUCCUGUAUGUUUUCAUUUCUCAAACUUUGCCAAAUUAGACACAAAUUAAGAGCGGAUUUUAAAAUGUCAACAUGUUCAAAAGUGUUUUAACCAGUUUAGAGGAACAUUUAUUAUAUUUUAAGUUCAUUGUGAUGAACUUAAUUAAUUGACUUGCAAAUGUAAAUACAUUUCUGAUGAAUAAAUAUUUAUGAAUACAGUG